ACAACCCAUAUAUUCUUCUCAGAAAUGUAAAUGCAAAGUCAGUAGGUAUUUGUAACUCGGAGUCUCCGCCUAGACGAGUAUCCGAGGCCGGUUUUUCAGGCAGUGCCUUGGACAGCAGCAACUUCAGAGGCCCCCAGCGUGCAAGGAGACGUGGACCUGAGUGCAAAGGGACUUCCGGCCCCGCGGCGGAAGCGGAAGUGCGGCUCCGGGGGAAAGGUGGCGGCUCUGUCCAGACCGGCUGCACCAUGUCCAAGGUUUCCUUUAAGAUCACGUUGACGUCCGACCCGCGGUUGCCGUACAAAGUACUCAGCGUCCCGGAAAGCACCCCCUUUACGGCCGUCCUCAAGUUCGCAGCAGAGGAGUUUAAAGUCCCUGCGGCCACAAGCGCAAUUAUCACCAAUGAUGGAAUAGGAAUAAACCCUGCGCAGACUGCCGGAAACGUCUUCCUGAAGCACGGCUCGGAGCUGCGGAUCAUCCCCAGGGACCGAGUUGGGCGUUGUUAGCGUCCUCUGCUUGGAGGGUGGCUCGCCUUUCCACGGGGACUCUGGUGGUGCUGCAGACCGACGCGAGGCUUUUCAAACCUGUGCGGACCCCGGCGGUCGGCGGCGAUGAGCGCCGGCUCCCUCCCUCCGUGUGGUGGCCGCCCCUCCCGGGAGAAGGGCGCGCGGGCGCGCGGAGGGGCCGCCCGCCGGCCACGGCCACGGCCCUCGUCUCUGGCCGAGGCUCGCUCCUUGGGGGGCAGCGGACUGGCCGGCUGCGCCGUGGUCUCUGGAGGACGCCUCUGAUAACUCUCUCUGAGGACAUUGGAAGAUUAAAUUCAUGGAACCUUUCUGUUUCUCUUCGAGUUAACAUUUUUAAAGGGUUGUGGGUCAUACGUGGCAGGGGGCUUGGCAGGGCCUGACUUGCAGACUCAAAAAUGCGCAGUUGAAUUCUUAAGGAGAAACCAUUUGCAAUAAAGGAUGUAAACAUUUCCAUGAAAGCUGCCUUCUUUUACCAUGUAGGUAUUUUUUAAGUUUCAAGCUUCGUGUGUGCCUAUAAAUUUAAAUUUAAUA